CAAAGAGGUGGCGCGGCAUGGCGGCUGCCCGUCACUUCGGGUUCCGAUCGAAGGGGGCGGGUUUGUUUAUACACGUCGUUUGCCCCCCCCCCCCGCCUUUAUCCCGAACGGGGAUGCAAACAGGGACACGCCGUUCUCCUCUCCUCCGCUUCAUCCUCACAACAACCCUUCAGCAUAUCCCCCUUCUAAGCAGCCCCCUCCUUCUCCCCAACAACACCCCUAAGAGGUAGGCCGGGCCGAGAGGAGGAGGAGGAGGAGGGCGCGGGGGCGGCUGCCGCGGGAAGCACCGCCUCGCCUCCGCCCGGCUCAGCUCUGCUGCAACGGGAGAAGCAACAGCAGCAGAGGCAGGAGACGGCGCGGAGGCGCCAUGGAGGAGGUCGAGCUGGCGGCGGGCGGCGGCCCCGUGGAGAUCCGAGUGGCGGCGGCCGAGGAGGACGAGGGAGACCCGGACGACGAGGAGGGCGCCGAGGAGGAGGCGCGCCCCAGCCUGCUGGGCGGCGGCAGCUGCAGCGAAGACGAUUCCGGCCGCGGCUGCUGCGGGAAAUCCAGCGGUGGGGAAAACGGAGAAGACAACUCUGUCCACAGCUGGACGCCCCCUGACCACGACCUGAUCUCGAAGCUGGUGGCCCAAAUUGAGUAUUACUUCUCAGACGAAAACCUGGAGAAAGACGCCUUCCUCCUGAAGCACGUCCGGAGGAACAAGAUGGGAUACGUCAGUGUGAAGCUCCUGACGUCUUUCAAAAAGGUAAAGCACUUGACCCGUGACUGGAGAACAACAGCUCACGCCCUGAAAUACUCUGAGAUCUUGGAGCUGAACGAGGACAACAGAAAAGUUCGAAGGAACACUCCGAUCCCGGUCUUUCCCAGCGAGAACCUCCCCAGCAAAAUGCUGCUCAUCUACGACAUCCAACCGGCUCCCGAUCGCCAUCCGGAGGACGAAAGGCAGGAGAACGGAUGUCUUCAGGAGAAGACGAUGGAGAACCUUCUGAAAGCGUUCGUCAAAUUUGGGAUCAUCUCCUCAGUCCGCAUCCUCAAGCCCGGAAGGGACCUCCCGCCAGACAUCAAGAGGUUUAGCGGCCGAUACAGCCAAGUCGGAACGAAGGAGUGCGCCAUCGUCGAGUUCGAAGAGGUGGACGCCGCCAUAAAAGCCCACGAGGCGAUGUGUCUCCUGGAUCGCGAAACGGACAUGAAGGUGCUCCUCAUCGGGAUGAAGCCACCCAAGAAGAAAGUUCAGAAGGACAAGACCCGCGAGGAAGACCCCGGCAAGGGUCUCGCCAAAACGCGGUCGCUGAACAAGAGAGUGGAAGAACUUCAGUUCACCGGCGACGAAUCUUCAGCCAACAGCUCCUCCGAACCGGAGAGCGACCCGAUGUCUCCCGUGGCGGGUCGUAGAAGCAGUGCCUCGAACAAGUUGAGCCCCACCGCCUACCAGAACAACCACCUCAGCCCAAACGUCUCACCGAGGUCGAGCCCCUGGAACAGCCCCUCGUCCUUGCGGAAAGUUUCCAGGAUCUCUCCCCUGGCCGAAGACAACAGACUCUGCCUCAGCACCAGUCCCGAGAUGUUGAGGAGGUGUUCGGAUUAUUCUUCGGACAGCAGCGUCACCCCGUCCAGCAGUCCGUGGGUUCAACGGAGGCGUCAAGCUCAGACUUUGACCCAAGAGAAAAGCCCAGUGGGCAGCCCAAUGCUCAGCCCCAAAAUACAGAACGCGGCCCGACUACCAAUGGGGGUCUUGCGUUUACCGAGAGGUCCAGAUGGUACCAGGGGGUUCCACAGUGGCUGCGAGAGGAACAAACACGCCAAGAACGAAUAGACAGAGGUGUCGCUGGGCCAGAGUGCGCCUGGUGCACACUCUGUGUUUUCCGCCCACUGGCCCCCUCCGCGGCGCCCUGCCCCCCCCCCCCACCUUAGUGCAGGCUGGAGAAGUGGCCUGUUCCCUUCAGGCUAA